AUUGCCCUGAAAAACAACCGAAAAGCCACAGCCCAUCAGAUAACAAGGGAGAAAGAAACCGGAGGGCAAAGUCGAAGGAGGCGCAAAUGACGGAGUCAAGACGAUUGAGAGGUCACCAGGCCACCGCCACAUGCUGUAUCGCCUCACGGGACCGACCCGGCCUCGUCGCCACUUCUGCCGAAGAUGGGUGCAUUUGUUGGUUUGAUAUGCGUUGCAAAGAUGUACAACUUGUCAUGGAUGUUAGCAACGAACCAGUUUCAUCCGUAUGCUUCAACUCAGGAAAUGAAAAUAUAAUCUAUGUUUCAACUGGAAAUGUGGUCAAGUGCUUUGAUGUGAAUAUGUUAGCAGAGAACUCGUGGAAGCCUUUGGAGAUUUAUAGCUAUAAUAAAGAGGAGAUAAAUCAGGUUACUUGUAAUUCUAAAUCAUCUUUCCUGGCAGCUGCGGAUGAUGGUGCUGAGAUUAAGAUCAUUGAUAUUCGUCAGCAAUGUGUUUUCAAGACAUUGAGAGCUGGCCAUACAAGUAUCUGCAGCAGUGUCCAAUUCAUUCCUUGGAGACCUUGGGAAGUCAUUACUGGUGGUCUUGAUUCAAAACUUAUCACUUGGGACUUCUCAAAAGGACGCCCUUCCAAAAUUGUGGAUUUCGGCCUGCCUGACAUGAGUAGUGGUAGUAAUGCUGGACAAUGUUUAAAUCCAGCUUUUGUGCACUCAAUAAAAGUUCCUGAUGUUGAUAUGUUGGACAAAGUAGGCAAGAUAUGUGUUGUGGCCAAGGGUGAUGGCGUUAUUGAUGUGAUCGAUAUGGAAUCAGAACUUGCAGCCAUCAAGACUAAAAGUUCCACAAAAUCCCGAAAAGGAACUCAUUCAGUGUCAAAAGCCAGUCUUCUAGUUGAUGGUGGGGUGAAUGAUGAAAAAGAAAGAAAAUGGUUGCAUUUGAAUUACUCUUUAGGUGGUCAUACCGCUGCUGUAUCUUGUGUAGCAUUUUCUUUGUUUGGAGAGAAGGGGAAGUUCCUAGUUUCAGGUGGAAAUGACAAGUUAGUCAAGGUCUGGGAUUGCUCCAGGUGUCUUGAUUCAGGGCAGACUGGAGGUAACAAUGAGCUUCUACAUUUGAACAUCAAUUUAAGCAAAAAGGUUAAUUGGCUCUGUACAACUCCAGCUGAAUCAGAUAACCUUGUUGUCUGUGACACAACUAAAGUAGUCAAGGUCUACUCUGUUUCCUAGAUCAAAGCUGCAGAAUCGUUGAUGUUAUCAGUUGACAUUGUGGAGAGCGUUGCCUGCUUUUGGUGCAUGAGAUUGUCUUCUAUUAUUUCUGGAGUAUUUUGUCGUUGAUCCAUGAUCAGCUUGGCAUAGAUAUCACCUAUCAACCAGGAAAGAUAGCCUUGCUGCGCAUCAUCAAUCCACACCUCAAUUAAGGGGAUAGUAUCCUCAACACUAUCGACUGAUCAGAGAUAUAAAUUAUCUAAGCUGGAAAAUAGUUGGUUCUAGUGAGUAUAUCUUUUUUGAAGAAAAUAGAAUGAGACGAAUAAUCUCAUUACUGUUACCUUGGAGGUGUAAACUUGAUCCUGCAAAAUUUUGAGUAAUUCAUUCUUUGUACCCUUUAUCCCGUGUGAAUAAGUAGUAGUCUUAAAUUUUCUUCCCUAAAGCUGAAUUUUAUCAGUGGAAUCUGCUCUGCUGCGUACUAAAUUUCCCCAAAUUUUGUAGUGGAACAUUCAUGGAGGAUCAUUUCCUAAGUAGGUUGUUUUGGAUUAGGGAAAAUGUUGAAGUCCAAAUUCCCUCACUCCAUGAAAGUCAUCUAGAGUCAAACAUAACUAAUCGGUUUGGGUUUCGUUUAAUGCAGGGGGCAUGGCUCCUGUUCUCACUUCUCAGUGUGGCAUUUUCCAGGUUACUGUCACAUUUGUAAGCUGUUAUUUCCGAAGCUAGAAAGUCCCAUGAUUAGCAAACAUUGAUAUCUCCCAAUUUUGUUAUCUUAAAUCCUGAGAUAACCUGAAGCACUCUUUUUCACUAUUAUUGGCAGUGAAUUUAAAAUUUAGAAGUCUUAAGUUGGUGACUAGAAUUGAAGGCACUUGGCAUCUAGAAGCUUAGUGCACUUUUUACCUAUCCGCGAGGACAAAAUUACCAAAUAAUCGGUGGAAUGAAACAAAAAUAAGUACUGUACAUGAUAAACAAAGGUUAAGGAGCCUCACAGAUAUAAUCAUUUUUUUCAUUUUGAUAGUCUUAAAGAAUGUUAACACGAGUCCCGCCAGAUAGAAAACUCUUCAACGUGGGUGGGAUCAUGAAUGCAAUCAAUGUCAAAACCAAAGGGUGGGUUCACCCUUGGUCCCAGCCUUGAAGUAGGGACUAUCUGGUCUCGCUUAAUUCUGUACAUGUUAAUUUGGUGUCAUUCCACACCCAUUUCUGACUCAUUUUCUUUGUCAUUUUUUUUUUAUAUCAUCUUUAAGUGAUUGCAUGAAUCAAUUAGAUUAAAUUUCAUAUUAUUUGUUUUCUAAAUUUGCUAGCUAACUAGUGAUACUUUUUCUUAUAUGAUCUAGUUUUAAAAUCUCCAAAUCCAGGAGAAACAAUCAACAGUGA